AUGAUUAUAAGAGUUCGGAAAGAAGAUUUACAGAUCAAAGAGAAUGAGGCCUUCCGUUCGGCAGCACGGACGGUUAAUUCGCCGUUUACUGACAAGAUCCUGAAUGCUCUAAGCCCGAGGAAGUUUUCCAUGAUUGUUUUCAUUUUGUUCGACAGAACAACCGAUCCUAUUGAUCAUGUAUAUCACAUUCAGUUGAAGAUGGCCCUGAACACAGAGAAUGAUCCUUUGAUGUGCAAAUGUUUUCCUAUAAGCCUAGCUAGACCGGCGUUCAAAUGGUUUAAGAACCUGCCGAGGGGCUCAGUGGACAGCUUCCGUAGUUUGUGUGAUCGGUUCAUAGGCCAAUACUAUGGGAAUAAGUGCUCGGCAAAAGAUAUUUCUAGCUUGUUCACCAUAAAGCAGCAUGACGAUGAGCGUCUCCAAGCUUUUCUUACCAGGUUUAACCUAACCAAGAGCAUGGUGAUAGAGUGCUAUCCUUCCACAGCAGUUCAGGCAUUCAAGUUAGCUAUGACCCGAGGGACACCGUUCCAUACCAGUCUGGUGGUGAACACGCCGAAGAUAAUGGACGAGCUGAAUGAGAGAGCAGAUGGUUUCGUACACUUGGAAGAGGAAGAAGCAGCUAAUGCUAGGAAAACAUCUAUCAUCUCCACGGAAAAGAAGUCUAAAGUGAAGAUACGGUAG